GGAGAUUCGUGGAACUGCGUCAACGCCGGCUUGCUCCUCGUGCGUAGUACCUUUGUGGCUUUGCGCUUCGUGGCUCUGUGGUUGUCGAUGAUGAUCUUGCAGCCGCUUUACUUCGACCAGCAAGUCCUGCGACAUCUGCUUGGGCUCACGAUUUCGGAAAUGUAUUCGAGCCCUUCAAGCAAGAAGCUGAGCGGCUACACGACUGACUGGAAGCGCCGCCUGCACAUGGGCCUCUAUUCUCCGCAGUCGGAGCUUUUCGGGGCGCGCCGCACCCCACCUUGGGGUGUGCUGCACCCGUGCAUUUUCGCCAUGAGCCCUUACACCACCUGGGGUGGCACACGGGAGCACUUGUGGCCGGGUUCUUCGGGGCAGAUCGCCGCCGCACAUCUUCUUGAGAGCAUGUGCAGACGAAGCAUGCGGUAG